AUGACGACUGGAUAUCAAGAAUUCGAAGAUGCCUUCGGGGAAAGAGAGCAGUUACUUCCAGAGGUAGAGCAAACUCUACGACGUUCUAUGGACUAUACAUAUAAUGUGGUACACUCCGAUGGACACUGGUGUGGGGAGAUGAGGUCAAAUGUCAUCAUAACAGCCGAAUAUAUCUUUCUCCGACAGGCUCUGGGGCUCGACCUGAAAGCUGACGGUGCGGCCUAUUGUCGCUACAUACUAUCGCAGCAAAACUGUGACGGCUCCUGGGGUCUAGCGCCCGAGUUUCCAGGCGAUGUCUCGACCACCACCGAAGCGUAUCUCGCGCUGAAAAUAUUAGGGGCGAAUGUAGACGUCCCAGCCAUGCAACAUGCCAGAGCAUUCAUUCUCAAGGCGGGAGGGGUUGCCAAGGUUCGUGUGUUCACUCGCAUCUUCCUGGCAACCUUCGGGUUGUUUCCAUGGAAUGAAGUACCUCAGCUCCCUGUGGAGCUGGUUCUGCUCCCUUCCACAUGUCCAAUCAACAUCUACAAGUUCGCAUCUUGGGCCCGCGGCACCAUUGCCCCUCUGUUGAUCAUCUGCCAUCAUCAGCCCGUCUACGCGCUCCCGAACGGAAUAACAGCAGAGAAUGACUAUCUAGACGAGUUAUGGCAAGAUCCAGCUAGCAAAACCGCGCCCUACGGUCCAUCCCUCUGGGAGCUGCUGUCCGAGGGCGACAUUACUGGGCUGGCAUUCAGUAUCCUGGACAAACUGCUUUAUCAACUCAACGGACUUCGCUCAGUCCCUUUCCUCAGAUCGUACGCACGGCAGCAAUGUAUGAAAUGGAUCCUGGAGCGCCAGGAACCCACCGGCGACUGGGCCGGGAUCUUUCCGCCCAUGCAUGCCAGCGUGUAUGCGUUCAUGCUAGAAGGGUACAAACUGGACGAUCCCCCUGUCAGUCUUGGCAUCCAAGCGAUUGAGAAUUUCGCUUGGGAGGAUGCAGAAGGUAAAAGAGUCCAACCUUGUGUUUCACCCGUAUGGGACACGACUCUGAUGUCAAUUGCCCUCUGCGAUGCCGCAUCACCCAAUCAGCAGAUCGUCGAUCGCGCUAUCCAAUGGAUCCGAGACCGCCAGUUGCUCGAACCCUGCGGAGAUUGGCGUGUAUACCGGCCCCACCUUGCGCCGGGGGGGUUCAGCUUCGAGUACACAAACAGCCACUAUCCCGAUAUAGACGACACGGCAGCGAUCAUCCUUGCGCAAGUGAAGCAUGACGCGAGAUCGUGUCAUUCCCCCUCCGUGAUCGCCGCAGCGACAUGGAUCCUGGGCAUGCAGAAUCCUGACGGAGGGUGGGCGGCCUUUGACGUGGAGAAUGAUAAGCUAUUUCUCAACAAAAUCCCGUUCAGUGACAUGGACAGUCUAUGUGACACGUCCUGCGCCGACAUCACCGGGCGAAUCCUGGAGGCCUUCGGACUGAUGAUUCUCCGCGCCCCAGCAAAAGGCAACGCCAGCCAGCUGAGCCAACUUGGUCCCGCGAUACGCGCAGCGUGCAGACGAGCUAUCCAAUACCUUGCCUCUACGCAGGAGACUAAUGGGUCCUGGUUCGGCCGAUGGGGGUGCAAUUACAUUUAUGGGACUAGCCAUGCACUGUGUGGUCUGGCGUACUUUUCUCAAGACGAUACACUGAUUCCUACCUUGGCGCAACCAGCGUUGCAAUGGCUGAAGUCUCAGCAAAAUGAUGACGGCGGGUGGGGCGAGUCCUUGCUGUCAUACCAAAGUCCCGAGAGAAAGGGGCAGAGAUCAACAGCGUCGCAGACAGCAUGGGCGCUUAUGGGACUCCUGGCCCAUCUCCCCCACACCGACAUUGCCAUUGAACGCGGCAUACAGUGGCUGGUCUGUUCUCAAAAGCCGGAGAAAGGCCUUGGGUUUACCUGGCCUGAACCAGUGUACACGGGCACUGGAUUUCCAAAUCAUUUUUACUUGGGAUACGACUACUAUCGCCAUUAUUUUCCGAUCAUGGCACUCGGGCGGUAUUUCCGGGCGGUGCACGGCGAGAUGGAGCUGAAGAUGGCCAUGUGA